CGAACGGUUCUGUUCUGUUCUGCGCUCGCUCUGCGCUCCCAUUUCCCCCAUUAACCAGAUAUAUAUGUCUAGAUAUAUAUCUGCAGCGCCGUACUUAUGUGCCCGACUUGUUUAAGCAAAUAUUAUCGCUAGAAAUAAUAAGAAGCAGCCAGUGGUGAAGUGAUUAAAAAACGAGAAAGAGAAAUAAAACAAAGAAAGUAGCGUAGCUCGAAAAUCCGCCGGAAUCGGAAGCGGCACCGCCAUGCAUACGUUAUUCAGCGACCAGAACUCCUUUACGCGGCACUACGCCCAGACCGCCGCCGGUUACGGAUCGGCAUCGGCGGUGGCGGCGGCCAGCAGCGCCUCGGCGGCAGCGGCGGCCCAUUACGCAUACGACCAGUACUCCCGCUACCCGUACUCGGCCAGUGCCUACGGCCUGGGCGCCCCGCACCAGAACAAGGAGAUCGUGAAGCCCCCGUACUCCUACAUCGCCCUCAUAGCCAUGGCCAUCCAGAACGCGGCCGACAAGAAGGUCACCCUGAACGGCAUCUAUCAGUACAUCAUGGAGCGGUUUCCCUACUACCGGGACAACAAGCAGGGCUGGCAGAACUCCAUCCGGCACAAUCUCAGCCUGAACGAGUGCUUCGUCAAGGUGGCCCGCGACGACAAGAAGCCGGGCAAGGGCUCGUACUGGACGUUGGAUCCCGAUUCCUACAACAUGUUCGACAACGGCUCCUUCUUGCGGCGGCGACGUCGCUUCAAGAAGAAGGAUGUGAUGCGGGAGAAGGAGGAGGCCAUCAAGCGGCAGGCCAUGAUGAACGAGAAGCUGGCCGAGAUGAAGCCCCUCAAGCUGAUGACCAACGGCAUUCUGGAGGCCAAGCACAUGGCCGCCCAUGCGGCCCACUUCAAGAAGGAGCCGCUGAUGGACCUGGGCUGUCUGAGCGGCAAGGAUGUGUCCCACGCCGCCAUGCUGAACUCCUGCCACGACAGCCUGGCCCAGAUGAACCAUCUGGCCGGCGGCGGGGUGGAGCAUCCCGGCUUCACCGUGGACUCGCUGAUGAAUGUGUACAACCCGCGGAUCCAUCACAGCGCCUAUCCGUACCAUCUGAACGAGGAUAACCUGGCCUCGGUGGCCAGCAGUCAGAUGCACCACGUCCACCAUGCGGCGGCCGCACAUCAUGCCCAGCAACUGCAGCGCCAUGUGGCGCAUGUGGCCCAUCCCCUGACGCCCGGCGGCCAGGGAGCUGGGGUUCAGUCCUCGGGUCACUCGCCCACCACGAUCUCAACGCCCCAUGGACCUGCGCACGGGGGUUGGUACACCCCGGAGACCCCGCCAUCCGAGCCCAUUCCCCACAAUGGCCAGCAGGGAACACCCACCCAUCCGGGCAACAAUAACAACAACAACAGCAGCAGCGUACUCAGCCACAACGGAGUGGGCAAUGGUGGAGGAGCAACUGGAGGAGGAGGAGGAUCCUCCAGUGUGCUCACCAGCAGUCCCACCUCGGCCCUGGGUUUCCGCGACAUGAUCUUCGAGCAGAACCAAUCCUGCCAACUGGACACGGGCAGUCCCACCGGCAGCCUGCAGUCCGCCAGUCCACCCGCCUCCGCAUCCGUGGCAGCGGCCUCGGCGGCAGCGGCGGCGGCGGUGAUCAGUAGCCACCACCACCAUCACCACCAUCAUGCGGCCCUCAGCGGGAACCUGGGCCAGCUGGGCCACUACCGGCCACACGUGGGUCACUACCAGGAGUACGGCAUCAAGUACGGGGUCUAAGAGCACCGGACUCCAACAGCUGGGCUCUCUUGUAUAUUCCUGUAAAUAUACCACCUAUAGCCAAGAACGAGCCACAGCUCCAGGAUCCUGCGAGACCCGGACUCUUGUAUCUCAGAUCUUGUAUUGUUUUCCAUCUUGUUUUUGAUUGCACUGUAUACUGUAUACGAAGAAAGGGGGGUCUAGUUGUUAAGCCACCGCAUUAUUGUAUUAUCUGUAAUUUGUAACUGUAGCCCGUAAUUGUUAUCGAGUUUAGGCUUAGUCCCAAUUGUCUGCUAUGCAAUUUGUGAUGAGAUGAGGUUUUGCUACACACACCCACACGCAUUAUAAACAUAACUUAGCGCAUUUUGUCAAUAACUAAACUAUCGCCUAGUACAGUAGCCUAGCCCACGUAAGCAAUAAUAAAUUAUACAACUAAAUCGUAGCUAUAACAUAAUUAUCACAACUAGCGUACAACCAAUAUGAGCCGAACAAAAGUGUAUUGAAAAUAUGUUAAAAUAUCUCAACAAAUCGUGUGUUUUACUUUCUAUGCACCUCGGAGGCUUUUUACGAUUUUGCGAAUGGAAAUGGCCAUUCCAUCUGGCCAUUGGGCGCUGGCAAAAC